AUGCUUGCUGCCACUCUGCUGGCCCUGGCCUUGGCCCUGCUGGGCAAUGCCCAUGCCUGCUCCAAAAGCACCUCCUAUGAAGCUGGCAUCGUGUGCCGCAUUACCCAGCCUGCUACCCUGGUGUUGAACCAGGAGACCACCAAGGUGAUCCAGACGGCCUUCCAGCGAGCCAGCUACCCAGACAUCAAGGGCGAGAAGGCCAUGAUGUUCCUUGGCCAAGUCAAGUAUGGUCUACACAACAUCCAGAUCAGCCACCUGUCCAUCGCCAGCAGUCAAGUUGAGCUAGUGGAAGACAAGUCCAUCGACAUCUCCAUCCAGAACGUGUCCGUGAUCUUUAAAGGGACCCUAAACUAUGGCUACACUGGCGCCUGGGGGUUGGGUGUUGAUCAGUCUGUGGACUUCGAGAUCGACUCCUCCAUUGAUCUCCAGAUCAACACGGAGCUGACCUGCGACUCUGGACGUGUGCGAGCCAAUGCCCUUGACUGCUACCUGUCUUUCCACAAGCUGCUCCUGCAUCUCCACGGGAAGCGUGAGCCCGGGUGGAUCAAGCAUCUGUUCAUAAACUUCAUCUCCUUCACCCUGAAGCUGGUCCUGAAGGGACAGGUCUGCAAACAGAUCGACGUCAUCGCCAACAUCAUGGCUGACUUUGUCCAGAAAAAGGCUGCUGACUUCCUAUCGGACACAGACACCCAGGUGGACAUUUCCUUGACAGGACCGCCUGUCAUCAAAGCUACCUACCUGGAGUCUCAUCACAAGGGUCAUGUCGUCUACAAGAAUGUCUCGGAGGACCUCUCUCUCCCCACCUUCUCAUCCUGCCUUUUGGGGGAUUCCCGCAUGCUGUACUUCUGGUUCUCUGAGCAAGUCCUUGACUCCCUGGCCAAAGCUGCCUUCCAGGAGGGCCGUCUCAUGCUUAGCCUGACGGGGGAUGAGUUUCAGGCAAUGCUGGAGACCCAGGGCCUCAACACCAACCAGGACAUCUUUCAAGAGCUUUUCAGCGGCUUCCCCACCAGCCAGGCCCAAGUAACUGUCCACUGCGUCAAGACGCCCAGGAUCUCCUGUCAAAACCAGGGUGUCGUGGUCAGUUCUUCCGUGAUGGUGAAAUUCCUCAUCCCACACCCAGGCAGGCAACUCUUUGUGGCUUACGCUUUUGAAGAGGACAUCAUCACUACUAUCCAGGCCUCCUAUUCCAAGAAGAAGCUCUUCUUAAGCCUCUUGGAUUUCCAAAUUAAACCAAAGACUGUUUCUAACUUGAAUGAGAGCUCCGAGUCCGUCCAGAGCUUCCUGAGGUCAAUGAUCACCACGGUGGGCAUCCCUGAGGUCAUGUCUCGGCUGGAGGUGGUGCUUACAGCCUUCAUGAACAGCAAAGGCCUGGAUCUCUUCGAAAUCAUCAACCCUGAGAUUAUCACUCGGGAUGGCUACCUGCUGCUUCAGAUGGACUUUGGCUUCCCUGAGCACCUGCUGGUGGAUUUCCUCCAGCGCUUGACCUAG